AUGAACGUGGAGCGGACGAUCUCGGCGAGGCGUGUCGAGGUGAAGCCUUCGCCGUCUUCACUAUCUGCGACGGUGACGGCGACUGCCCCCCGCGUCGUUACGCUGCAUGAACGAUUCUCGCAAUUGCCCAAGGUCGAGCCCAAGAGGGCAGAGGUGGCAGAUUUGAAUCUGUUCCAGGAGGCGGGGAUUAGGUCUAGACGGCAGGCGACGGAGCAGCGCCAGAGCACUCAGCGCGAAAUUGCUGUAGCGGCGAGGCGGUCGAUAUCGACCACCUGGACUCCUUCAUUCGAUGAUGACAACGACAACAGUUGCCGCGCGCGCGUAAGCGUAGGUGAUCGCCGUGGCAGGCAAUUCGAAUUCGAUCAGCCGCGCGAGCCCGCCUUCGUCAUCAAGGGCAUCCCGCCCCCGCAGCCUUCAUCCAGACAGCAGCGCGCCGUAAUGGUGCAGCACCAGCAGCAAACCGUCACAACGAGAUCCGCUCCUCGCGGUGGCCGAUCCACCGUCACUCGAGGCGGUCGCGUCGUCGCAGCCCUGCCGCCCGCGACGAGGGGCAACAACAACAGCAACAGUCAGAGAAUCGUCAACGCUCGCGGAGGCCGUGCCAGUCGCGGCGGCGCCGGCGUGGCAGCGCCGGGUAACAACCAGCGCAGAGCGCCGGUGACGGCCGUCGGCGCGCGAGGCGGACGAGGCGGAGCAGCGGUGCGUGGCGGCGGCGCCGGCCGAGGCGGAGCGAGAGGCGGCAGGGCGGCGGCGGCGAAGCCCGCUUCGAAGGACGUGCUCGACGCCGAGCUGGAUUCGUACAUGCUGCAGACGCCUGAGUCAGCCCAAGAAGGGCAGAUCAAGAUGCAGGGCGAUACGCACGAGUGCUUCACCCUCCGCUUCCAAAAGGGCGGCAACCAAGUGGAGAACUACUUCGUGUGCAAGGACUGCAAGAUCACCUGGGUGUGCGAGGCUUGCGCCAAGGAGUGCCACAAGGGCCACACAGUGGUGAACUACAUGCCCAACCACAAGCCCACUUGGGCCUGCUGCUACUGCCCCAAGAACCGCAAGUGCCAGAUCCCCAACGCCAAAACCAAGCGCGGGUGA